CGAAUGUUUUAUGAAUCAUACAUAGAUCGUUGGAUUUAUAACGAUUUCAUAUUAUGAACCUACAUGAGAGACUUUUAUCUAUUUUCAGCAGUUUCAGAGUUUUCUCUUUCAACUGAGCUCCGUUGGAAAUUUAAUGUGAAAGGAAAUCCCAGUAAAAAAAACCUUGGUCAGAUUUAUUCUGCAAGACUUUAAGGAGGAUGUGCAGAUAGGCAGUUACAUCCCAUUGUGGGCGAAAGAUUUGCCACUUUUCCGCCAAUGCUUGUGUGUAUUAUAUACGUGCCAAAUUAUGCGUUAAGGGAUAUAAGAAAAUAGAUAUAGAUUUUCUCAUCCAUUAGAACGCAUAGGAAGUCGUAUAUUUCAAGAAAGGGGUGUAACCCUGAGCCACAUGCUAACGUAAAAAAUAAAAUAAGGGAAAAACAUCUUAACCUACAGACGUACUCUUUAUCAAGUAGUUAACAAGUCGUGGUGUCUCCCCCAGUCUUAAAAUUACGCCGGAGUUUUUUUUUGGGUUCCAAUGAUAAAAAUGGUUGGAGAAUUAACAGAUCGUCUAGCGUCCGAAACAAACAGCGGUGCACGGAGAAAUCUGGCGGGGAUUGUUUCAUUUCAUUGAGAACACUCAAAUGCCUGAAAACACGUACGAUAGCAUCUGAAACCGGUGUUCAAUACAUAUCAUUGAACCCCUUUAUGACACUAUAUGACCGGGAGGAAAGAGAUAGAGCUACCACAAUCGCUGUUGUUCUUCUUGAGGGUCUGCGAGUCUUGUGUUCUGAGGAUGAAGAUUCUGGUUGCGUUCUAUGGUCUCUUGCUGGCCUCCUAUCUACGGACAAUAUUUGGUAGACCAACGCUGAACUCUACUUCGGAAAUUGACAUGAUGGCCACUCUUCAAAGAUCCAAGAGAGAGUUCCAGGAAAGCGACUACGAUGAUUAUUACAACGAUCUGGAAUUAGAGAUACUGGAAAGCAGAAAGGAACUUUUGGAGAAAACUUUUCUGCCCCCUGAUCUUCCUCUGUCAUCCAGUGUGAAGAAUAACAUUCAGCUGCUUAAAGAAACGACGAAAAAUGCCCCCGAGUAUAUGAUGGAUCUUUAUAAAUCGUACUCGGAGAAAAAAGUGUCCCGGCCGUCUUCCGACAUCGUCAGGAGUUUCAUGAACAUAAAUAUAGCAGGUGUGACAACUACACCGGCUUCCAGUACUGGUUCUACAACCAGACUUCAUACGAUGGUGUUUAACAUCACAAGCAUUUCCGUGGAAGAGCAAAUUGACUUAGCAGAGUUACGACUCUUCACCCUGGUCGAAAGAGACAGAAAUAUGUACAUAGGAGUUGACAGGAAAGUGUCAGUAUAUGAAGUCACAGACGACAACGUGGGUUAUCACGUGAUAGACACUCAACAUGUCUAUGGUAGAGACAGUGGAUGGGAAACAUUUGACGUCACUUCCGCUGUCAGACGAUGGGUGACAAAACCAAGUUCAUUGCAGAUCCUAGAAAUUAGAAUUGAAAGUGUCUUUCACAGUGUAACUGAUGGGGAUUUAGAUUUCUUAACAGAACCACAGCACAAAAACGAACCUCUACUAGUGGUAUUUUCAACAGACAAGCAAAAAUUACAAUUGCACAAGACAGAGAGACACGAACUUAUCACUCGUGAGGACAGUAUAUACGAUAUUCAAUCGCCCUUAAGCGGGUCUAAAAAUUCAAAUAAUAGUUUAAAUGAAACAAACACUAUAGGUCAUAAAAUUCACAGCCGAGUUAAAAGAAGGGGACGUAGAAGCGGAGGGUUGUGUAGGAGAAGGCCCAUGACUGUCAACUUCGCAGACAUCCAGUGGGAUUCGUGGAUUCUGGCCCCGUCAUCGUAUGAAGCAUACGAAUGCGUAGGAAAAUGCCAUUUUCCUGUGAAUGAGCGACUGUCCCCUUCCAAACACGCUAUAAUUCAGUCGAGAUUGCACCUUACCAUGCCAAAGGAAUACCCGCGAGAGAGCUGUUGUGUUCCGACUAAACUGGACUCCAUAUCUAUAUUGUACUAUGACGAGUAUGGUGUACUGACGUACAAACCUAAAUAUGACGGCAUGGUUGUGACAGAGUGUGGGUGUAGGUAACAGAGCUAGAUUUGUGGACGUUGAUUGGACCUUCCGCUUGCGUGGCUAGUCACUUUUCGCCACGGUUUUUUUCGGCAACGUGUUCAGUAGGCACUACCCUUCCGGAGAGAAUGUGGAGAGAGAGAAAGAGAGAGAAAGGGGUUUUGAGGGGCGAGUACAAGGAUGUUUCGUUAUCGAAGAUCGUUUGCACAACAAACGGGCCAAAAAAAAAAAUAUCACCAAGUACCAGUGCGUUUCCAAAUUUAUCGACUCGGCUACAAAAAUGACUUGAUAAGUAAGAAUGUCAAAGUCUAAAAAUAGAGCAGAAGUCGAUCAAACUUUGUUUAAUGCAUUUGCAAUUAUCUCUCUUAAUCAGAAACAUGUUAACAGUCAUGCAUCUGCAUUCGCCGAAAAGUUCGGAUCUCAGAUGGGCGUCGGAGCUGUUGAGAAUUAAUUGUCUGUGGAGCUAGCCCAUGCUACCUGCCCUGCCCUGACCCCCGAUUUGAUGUUUUUAUCAAACAGUGCACAACUCCCUUUGAAACGGUUGCAUGUUCAAAGAACAGUAAAAAUAUCAAAAAAAGCAACGUCACUUCUGGAAAAACCACGCCCAUUGAAAAAGCAUUCUUGGAUCUUUUGAAUGAACAGCGGCUUUGCAUACAGAAGAAUUUUAUCAGACAUAAUCGCUUAUGUCAAGACCACCUACAUCAUUUUUUUCAAAAAAGAAGAAGCACAAGAAUGUUUUCUUUCAAAGACACGUAUCUUCUAUGAAAUGAAUGUUUCCGUUGUUAUGUUUAUCAUAUAUUUAUAUUGACAUUUGUUCAAUAAAGUUCUUUAUGUUUUUCAUA